GUUGGGUAUAGAGUCCAGCGCACCAGAGUUAAGCAAGGCACAUGCUCGACACUCCAUACAAAGAGCCGUUCGCAUGGCCCAUUGCACCCUGCACGCCACUUCUUUGCGAUUACGCAAGCUGUCUGUCCACUGCAGUGCUCUUGCAUCUGAUCAGAUUGUCCCCCAUUCAUCCCCGCUUGACGAGAGGCCCACGAAUCGAAAAAAAUGCCCAACGACUCGUUCAUCCACGCCUGUGCAGGCGGAGUUGGCGGCAUGAUUGCCAUGACGUCAACCUACCCGCUCUUGACUAUCUCCAUGCGCGCAGCCGUCGACGCCAGCAAGAAAAAGGAAGAGACUCUUCUGGCAUCAGCACGCAAGAUCAUCGCGAAGGAGGGCAUCAAAGGGCUGUACGCUGGUCUCGACUCGUCCCUCAUCGGCAUCGGCGUGACAAACUUUGUCUACUACUACUUCUUCGAGCGGUGCCGCGACGCGAUCCUCAAGUCCAAACAAAAGGUCGCUGCGGCCAGCGCGACGAUUGUUGCUGCCGGCGUGCUGACGACGGCUGAGUCGAUGCUCGCCGGUCUGAUCGCGGGCGUCGCCACCUCCAUACUCUCGAAUCCUAUCUGGGUCAUCAACACGCGCCAGGCGGUGCGUGCCGAGGUGCCGCGCGACAGUGCCGAGGGCUCCUCUAGCAGCCGCAAUAAGCCUGGCUCAUACGCAGCUGCGGCAGGCGGCAGCGCCAAGAAGGCGGUUGUCGUGCGCAAGAUGGGCUUCCUGGCGACGAUGCAGCACAUUGUGCGUACCGACGGCGUCCUGGCGCUGUGGCGCGGCAUCGGGCCGGCGCUCGUGCUGGUCAUCAACCCGAUCCUACAAUACACUGCAUUCGAGCAGCUCAAGAACUGGGUCGUUAAGUCGCGCCUUGCACGCGCGCCUGCCGGCACCAAGAACGUCGCGCUAAACGACGUCGACUUCUUUGUACUUGGCGCCCUCAGCAAGCUUGUCGCGACCAGCAUCACCUACCCGCAGAUCGUCAUCAAGAGUCGGCAGCAGAGCGGCGUCAACGAAAAGGGAAAGAGCAACAACGUUUGGACAGCCAUGACGGACGUCGUGCAGCACGAAGGCAUCGCGGGCCUGUACAGGGGCAUCUCGAGCAAGCUCCUCCAGAGCGUCCUCACCGCUGCCAUCCUGUUCAUGAGCAAGGAGCGCGUCUUCGACCUCACCAAGAAGGCGCUCAGUCCGGCCGUCGCUGCCGCGGGCUCUGUCAAGGUUUGAGCUUUGCCCGCUGAUGGGAAGCGAGCGCACUAGGAAGGAAUGGAAGUGCACACGAAAGAGACGAUGACUCCCCCCCGGGGGGCACACGCACAUUAUAAAUAUGAGAGGCGCCAGGAGAUUCGAUGAUAGCGAGUACUCCGUAUAAAGUAGAUGGCCUUGAGAUAGACGUAGCGUAGCACGCUUGAGGGAGCCGAGCUUCCACACAGAUGCGUAUGCCUCUUGGGCAACCAUAGGACGUGUCCGAUGCUGCCAAUAUCCGUGUUUUUCGUAUGCACCUUCACGAGGAGUUGCGCAGUGCGCUGAGUGUGUUCGCUGCCGGAGGUGACUGAUGUGCUACGAAUUACGACGAGUCAUUGACUCACGCGUCACGCACUCGGAUCUAGCAGACAAAUCCAUCCACCACUUCAUGUGUGCUCAUCGAGUCCAAAAAGGACUGGAGCUCGACUCGCGUUGUCAGAG